AUGCCAACCAUCAUCAUCAGCCUGCUGGCUCUCUUCUGCACAACAGUCCAGGGCACCAACUACGGCCCUCGUCCACCCAGCCCUCUCCCCCAGCCAGACUCCAUCAUCCUGGGCCUGCAGGCGCUGCAGGUGCCUCUGGGCGGGGUGGUGUUCCUGGAACCCCGGCUCCACCUGCAGACCAGAGUGCUUCCAGGGGAUCGCUGCCAGGUGACUGUCCUGGAUCAGAACCGCGUGGUUCCCCCCAGACCAGGAACCCUGCACCCCCUGAGGUUCCCCUGUGGGUUCCGGCGAGGGCAGGUGAGCUACACGCACCACGGCUCCCGCACGGCGCGUCGUGAUUGGCUGCGGCUGCAGGUGAGGUACGACACGCCCACGGACACCAUGGUGCUGCCCCUGACUCUGGAGGUGGAGCUGACCUCUGACCCCAGGCCAGGCGGCGUUCCGCUGGUCAUCCUGGAGACGGACGGGCUCAGCAACCCUAUCGAUGGGCGGAGCCUGGGGAUUCACCCUGGUGCCGGGGGAGGGGCCUCGCCCUGUAAGAUCACCUCAUUGGUGGGAACAAUUGGGCUCCCCAAGUAUGGAUCUCUGGUGGGGGACGUCACCCGCGGCCAGGCGGUGGGCUGUGACGUGUUCGUCAACAUGGGGGUUCGUUACAAACUCUCCGCCUCCUCCCCAGCCUCCCCCAUCCUGGACUACAUCCCCCUGCUGGUUGAGCAUCUGGACAGGAAGGGGCAUGUCCAGCAGAGGGAGCACAUCCAGGUCACGGUGAAGGUCAGGGAGGGCGUGGUCAACUCCAAGCCCCGGCCCAGCUUCCUGUCCCUGAUGAUGCUGGAGGUGAACCAGUUUGUCAUGACGGCGGUUACCGCGGAGACGCUGGCGGCGGAGGACCAGGAGUCGGUCGCCGAGGAGCUUGUCUUCCACAUCCUGUCUCCCCCGGCGACCAUCGACGGUUAUGUCAUCAGCACCGACGACCCGACCCGGCCAAUCGGCUCGUUCUGCCAGGGUGACAUCUCGGCGCUGAAGGUGGCGUUUGUCCCGCCCCAGGGGGAUUCGGACCGCGAGCGCGUGGUGCACCUGGAGCUGGAGGUUGAGGAUGGCGACGGAGCACGCUCAGAACGCUUCUCUCUCAUGGUGCUGGUCAAGCCAAUGAACACGCUGGCUCCCGUCGUCACAGGCAACCAGGGGCUCACGCUAUUCGAGGGCCAAUCGCGGCCCCUCUCUGUGCGCGUCAGCGAUGAGGACGACCUAUCGGAGGUGAGGAUCUGGGUGAGGGCGGGGCUGAGGCACGGGGCUCUGCGGGUGGGCGGGUCAGCUGACAGGAAGUGGUUCACGGCGGCGGAGCUGCACGAGGGCGGGGUUGUGUACGAGCACGACGGCAGCGAGACGUCCAGUGACAACAUCCUGUUCCACAUGAAGGACGGGCAGGGCCACGAGGUCCACUUCCUGUUCCUGGUGACCGUCGUCCAAUUGGAUGACGAGCCCCCGGUGGUCGACGUCAACACAGGAUUGGUCGUCCACAGGAAGCAGACUGUCUUCAUUUCCUCCCGUGUUCUCAGUGCCACCGACGUUGACUCAGAGGACUCCUCCCUGACCUUCACCCUCCUCCCCCCCGCCUCCCCCCAGGGUGUGGUCGUCCUCAGGCAGAGCGAGAGGCCAGAGGGGGCGGGGCCAGAGGGGGCGGGGCUAGAUGGGUGGGUGUUCCUCGGCUCCGAGGGCGUGUUCGAGCGUGCCGUGACAUCAUGGACCCAGAAAGACCUCCAAGAUGGCCGCCUCUUCUACCGACACACCGGCCCCCGCCUCCCCGGCCUGACCAAUCACCAGCUGGUGUUCCGUGUCCAGGACGACAACGUCCCCCCCAACCAAUCGGAGGAGGUGGUGUUGGAGGUGACGGUGCAGCCGGUGGACGAGGUUCCUCCAGAGGUGGUCCCCGGUUUUCCUCUCAGCGUGACAGUUCCACGGUUCUCCGGUUCUCCUCUCAGCGUGACGGUUCUGGGGCCACGCCUCACUCCAAUACACCGCGGCUGUCUUCUCUUCACAGACCUCGGCUCCGACGACCGGGACAUCCGCUACUCUCUCACCUUCCCCCCCAGGGAGGCCGGCCUCCCCCCCAGCCUCCCCCAGGGCAGCCUGGUGCUGACAGACAGCCCGGAGGUCGAGGUGUCAGAGUUCACCCAGGAACAGAUCAACCACCUGAAGAUCUCCUACCGGCCUCCUGCCCAGGGCCUGCUCCUGGGUCCUAGAGCCCUCAACAUCAGCUUCAUCGUGAUGGACCGAGCUGGAAACUCCGCCCCCGGAACCCUCAGGGUGCUCCUCCUCCCUGGCGACGACACGCCCCCUCGAGGCCGCCACGCGGACCUCAACAUACACGUCAAGGACACGUAUGUGCUUACCCGCGCCGACGUCACGGACACGGGUGUUGAUGACAUCAUCGCGACGGUGGUGGUGGUGACUCAGACGCCAGCUCUUGGAGUGUUGAUGUGUGCGGGGGCGGAGCUAUCCGUCGGAGGGAGUUUCCACCUAUCGGACAUUGACGGCGGUGCGGUGGUCUACGUUCACCGCGGUGACCGACCAGGAAAUGAUGUCAUCAAAGUGGAGGUGAGUGACGGGCGUCGCAAGUUCCCGGUAACUUUGGUAACCUUGCGGAUAGACGUGGUACCUGCUCCCGCGCCCCUCCCGCCGACCCCCCCUCCCCCUCCAGGUGAGCUGAGCAUCACCCUCCAGGUGAACGAGACGGCAGAGACACACCUGAGCGGGCAAGAGUUCCCGCUGACACUGGCGCACGCUGAUGACAUCACCAUCGUCCUCCUGGUCGACCAACCGCCACGGUUCGGUGUGAUCCAGGUUCGUGGCGAGCCCUCUGAUAGGCUGAGCCUGCGGGAUGUCAUCGACGGGUUGGUGUCGUACGUCCACUUAGGAGAGGAGGUGGGUCCCUGGGGGCGGAACGACAGCUUCAUGCUCACCGUGAUAGGCCGCUGGGUCGUCGGGGGCAACCGAGUGGAGAGGGUGCGUGUGGAGGUGCGCGUGCUUCCUGUGGACUCCGCCCCGCCCGUCCUCCACGUGGGCGAGGCGGUGAGGGUGACGGAGGGCGAGAGGACGAGGGUGACCAAUCACAACGUUCGUCUGGAGGACGGGGACACGCCCCCGGAACGCCUCCUGUGUUCCGUCCUGACCCCGCCCACCUUCGGGUUCCUGGAGGUCGCAACCCCGGCGCCUGGCUCGGAGAAGUCUCGUGCCGGCAUCGCCGCGAUGAUGUUCUCCCAAGCGGAGCUGCUGCGAGGCGGCGUGUUCUACGUGCAGAGCGUCCACCGCGGGACCGAGCCCGUGGAGGACAGGCUCACCCUCCGCUGCUCCGACGGCACCCACCAAUCACAUCCCCUCAUCGUCCCCGUGGUGAUCGUCCCGGCCAAUGACGAGGCGCCCCAGCUGUUCUGGCGGGAGCUGUUAGUCGAGGAGGGCAUGAGCCUCGCCGUGGACGAGCCACUCCUCAACGCCCGCGACCUGGACCUCCCCGCCGACCCCCUCCUCUUCAGGGUCAAAGUUCAACCCCUUCACGGACGCCUCGUCCAGCACCUGCCCACGGGCACCGUCUCUGUGGCGACCUUCACCCUGGAGCAGGUGCGGGCGGGGUCGCCCAUCCUGUACGAGCACGGCGGGUCGGAGGAGCCGAGGGACAACUUCACCCUGGUCCUGACGGACGGCCGGCACCAGACGGAGGCCACCGUCCUGGUCCUGGUCCUGCCCGUGGACGAUGAGACGCCCCGGGUGGAGGUGAACGCCGGCCUGGAGCUCCUGCCGGGCCAGAGCCGCCCUCUGACCCCCAGGGUCGUCAAGGUGACCGACCUGGACUCCGACGACCCCAGCCUGACCUUCGUGCUCCGCCAGGAGCCUCGUGAGGGACGGCUGGAGAGACGUGUAGGGUCAGAGGUCAACAUCACUGUGGGUAUGAACUUCACCCAGAGGGAUGUGGACGCGGGCAUGGUCUGGUACACGCACACCGGUCGCCAUGGCGGCAGUCGAGACCUGUUCCGCUUCGACGUGACGGACGGCACCAACCUGCUGAUCGACCGUUACUUCUACAUCACCAUCGCCGGCGACGACGCUGUCCACCCGGUGGUGGUGAACCGGGGCGUGGCGUUACCGGAAGGCGGCCGCGUCCUCCUGACCACCGACGUCCUCAGCACCUCCGACCUCAACAGCCCCGAUGAGCGCCUGACCUUCACCCUGACCCGCGGCCCCGCCAGGGGUCACCUGGAGGUCACCGACCGACCCGGGGUUGCCGUGACGACCUUCACGCAGCUGCAGCUGGCGGGAAGUAAGGUGUUCUACGUCCACACGGCGCUGGACGAGGGGAGACACGACAGCUUUGAGUUCCAGGUGACAGAUGGGAGGAACGUCGUCUAUAGGACCUUCAGGGUGUCAAUCACAGACGUGGACAACAAGCGGCCAAUCCUGCGCGUGCGUGGGCUGACCCUGGGGGGCGGGGCCACCAAGCUGGUCACGCCCUUCGAGCUGGGCGUGGAGGACGAGGACACCCCUGAUUGGCUGGUGGAGUUCACGGUGACCCGCCCCCCUCUCUGGGGUCGCCUCCUCUACAACAGAACCAGAACCACCUCCUCCUUCACCAUGGACCUGAAGGAGAACCGGAUCAGCUAUCAGAGCCGCGGUUACACGGAGGACAGCCUCCUCUUCAUCGUGACAGACGGAACCCACGCUGGGUUCCACGUGUUCCCCGACACCGUCCGGCUCACGGUUCUACCCCAGACCCUGCGGUUCCACAUCCUCCCCGGGGAGGGGGGGGGACCCAGGCUGGUUCUCAACAGGGCCGUCACCUCCCUCACGGUUCUCCAGACCGGUUCUCCUGGCUUGGUCAUCACCAACAAGGUCCUGAAGGCGGAGAAAAGAGCCCAGCCCAGGCAGGACAUCAUGUUCUGGGUCACGAAACAGCCGAAGUGGGGGGUGCUGAUCAACACAGCCCUGGGGAACUCAAGCAUCAGCACCUUUACUCAGGAUGACGUGGACCAGAUGAGGAUCAGCUAUGUUCUUCCAGACAGGGUGAACUCCUCCUCGGACGUCUUCCUCUUCAGUCUGCUGGACCAGAAGGGCCAGCCCUUGUCUGGCCAGCCCUUCCAGCUGCGCUGGUCCUGGGUGUCCCUGGAGCCUGUGCGCCCCCCGGUGGAUGAGAGCUGCAGCUACAUGCAG